AUGGUCCGUCACAAGAAAGACAAUUUCUCUCGAGGAGGAAAGAAGUUCUCCGCCCCCCGCCCGCGACCGGUGCCCCGCGGUGACGACGAAGAUGCUGCAAGCUCGCCGCGGCCGGCCUUCAAGGCUGCCUGCUGGGACAUGGGACACUGUGAUCCCAAGAGAUGUUCGGGAAAGCGUUUGAUGAGGCUGGGUUUAAUGCGAGAGCUACAUAUCGGCCAGCGAUUCCCAGGCGUUAUCGUCUCGUAUGCAAAUCCUUCAUUUGUCGCAUUCAUUUUACUAAAAGAUCAACUCAGACCUAAUGCGAAGAAAGUCGUCUCUCCCGCCGACAAGGAACUUAUGGAACAAUAUGGCGCCGCAGUGGUGGAGUGCUCCUGGGUCCGAGUCAAGGAAGUACCUUGGUCGCGGAUUGGCGGCAAAUGCGAACGACUGCUGCCUUACCUCAUUGCGGCUAAUACGGUUAACUACGGCAAGCCAUGGCGAUUGAACUGUGUCGAAGCCCUGGCCGCCUGCUUCUGUAUCUGCGGACACGAAGAAUGGGCACGGGAAGUCCUCAAGAACUUCAGAUAUGGAGAAGCAUUCCUCGAGAUCAACUCCGAACUUCUUCAGCGGUACGCCGCCUGUGCGACAGAAGAGGAUGUGAAGAGGACAGAGGAGGAGUGGCUCGCCAAGAUCGAACAAGAGUAUGAAGACAGCCGCGCCGAGGGAACUAAUGAUAUCUGGACGACUGGAAACACCAACCGUUUGCCCGCCAAGAAAGGCUCCGAUGACGAGGACGAUGACGAAGAUGAUGAAUCCGGAGAAGAAGAUAGCGAGGAGGACGAAGAAGAUGAAGUCGACAGAGACCCAUUCGCGAUCUCCGAUGACUCGGAGGAUGAGGACCAGAUGGCAGAGAUUCGGCAGAAGAUUCUUAACUCCAAGGCUUUCCAAAAUCCAUCGGUCGAAGAAAAGCAACAGCCCGAGAAGAUCGAAAGACCGGAGCCUACAUAUGUUGACUCGGAUGCCGAGUCUGGGUCGGCUGGAAGCGAGGACGAGGACUUUGACAACAUUAUCAACGCGACUACGGUGACGGACCGUACCGGUAUCAAGGAUGUCCAGCGGCGACGGGGACAGGAGGCUGUGACUGCUUCAUUCUCGAGGACGGAGAUCUCUGCUCCGAAAAGAUGGUGA